GUGCAGAUGCAGGGGCAGGGAUAGGCCUAGAUCCAGGCCCAGGUGCAGCUCCAGGUACAGGCCCAGGCCCAGGUGCAGCUUCAGAUGGACAAGCAUCUACUCAAAUGAAUAUGGUGGUCGACAGCCAGGUAGAUAGGCCGGUGGAAGGAAUAUCAUGGUCCAAUGUGCUGAGGCAAAUUCGGGCACGUAGUGAUGGGGAUGGUCUAUUUGGAAAAUGGCUCGCCGAUGCUCGCACGGAGAGGGAAUAUCUUGAGGCAUGUGGUGAACGAUACGAGUAUGGCAUGGCUUCGCAAAUUCAUGACAUGGAGCAGUGUCUGCUUCAACGUAAGUCUAAAGUGCCUUAUGGUAUUGCAGGUAAGGUUCCGAACGAUUCCGCAUUGAAAGGAGAAUGCGGCCGCUAUUUGACUGACAAUGAAGGCCUUCGGUGGACUCAGGACGAGUUGCUUGGGAUGUUGAAGAAGAAGGAGGAGGAAGUGACUGUCCUGAGGAGUGCAUUCGCAAAAAUUGAGGUGAAUGCACGAUCAGUGCUUGAAAGUUUCCUGGAAAGAAAACGAAGUGAAGAGUGUUUAGUGCUAUUUGAUCUUGACCGUAUCUUGCAUGAGUAUGGCAAAAACAUCCGCUUGUUCGGUCUUUAUUAUCUGACCCCUGAUGGAAAAACGAUUGUCGACAACAUGAACAGGCAUUACGAGAACAGGACUAUGUCCUCGAUUAUAAAUGACGAAUUGUCGUAUGAUCCGAUUGAAAUGCAAACUAAAUUUAAGUCUAAUUUUCGACGUCUUUGGUCGCGCCAACGAGCGCUGGUGCAAAGAGUUAUUCGGGCCGUGGAAGAGAAACAACCGCUUUAUGCUUUUGUAGAUGCGCCGGCGGGAACAGGAAAAACUUUUUGCAUAAAAACAAUUUUGGCGGGGAUCAGGUCGCGUAAUGGUAUUGGACUCGCUGUGGCGUCCAGUGGGAUAGCGGCGACUCUUUUUACCAAUGGUCGAACAUUUCACUCGCGAUUUCGAGCACCUUUGAAACUUGAUAACACGCGUCCCUUCAAUAUUCCAAAACAGAGUGAUCUUGCCGAACUUAUCCGCCGUGCCGACUUGAUCGUUUGGGAUGAAGCUCUAAUGAGCAACAAGUUCCACUUGGAAGCUCUUGACAUUACGCUUCAAGAUGUCUGUAACAGUAACCUCCCGUUUGGAGGAAAGGUUUUGCUUUUUUCUGGGGACUUUCGACAGGUUUUGCCGGUUAUGAAACAUUGGUCUCGAGCACAGCAAAUUGAUGCCUCUAUCAAAAUGUCUCCUUUGUGGAAACUUUUUGAGGUCCAUUGCCUAACUGAGAAUAUGCGGAUCUUAAGCUUAGGGGAUGAUGCAAUGACGGGAAUGUAUGGCAUGUUUUUUAUGCGUAUUGGGAAUGGUGAUCAUAUUCGUUUUGUUCCUAACGAACAUGCCACGGUCAAACUGCCGCAUGAGAUUUGCACUGAUAAACCUAUUCGUGAUUUGAUUUCCUGGACGUUUGAGGAUGUCUGUGAACACGUUAACAAUGUUGACUAUUUUUACGCUCGAUUGAUUCUCUGCGCUACUAAUGACGAUGCGGGGUGUGUUAACGACAUGGUUCUCAACGAUUUCCCUGGCGAGGUUUUGAGAGCACUUCGCACGAUCCCUACUGAUGUGCUUUUCAACGAUGAUCGUGAUCCGUGUUUGAAGUCCCAACGUGGUGAAGGUGAAGGAAUUGCUCGUGCCCCGUCCCAAACACGAAAUUGUGCGACAAUUGUUGAGGUGCCCGAUGAUAGCAAUCCCCCACCGCCAGUUCCACGUGUUCCUCAUCCGCGCACUUACCUCUCUCAAUGGUUUGAUGAUGCAAAGAAGGUUGGUUUGCGAAAGGUCUUGAAUGAGAUCUUUUUCAAAAUGUUUGUGAAGACUGCGACGGUCGUGAAAGAUGAACGGAUAUGGGAAAAAUUCCUUGAUUGGCAGAGAACUAAACUCACUAAUAUGUGCUUGGAACGAGGAUCCUCUCUGCCCUCCAAUCCGUUGAAUAUUUCGGAUGUGGAGUCCUGCUGGAUGUUCCAAUCCCUUCUGCACGAUGAGUACAUUGCGCUCUCCAAUGAGGAGAUUGUAAGAAUGACAUUUGAUUUGCCGUAUUGUCUGACGGAUGAGACUAUUCCGAAGCCCUUCUUCAGAUAUGCUCGCAUACAAAGUCUCAUCAAAAGAGUUCCUGUCGGUGUUGCUUCUUCCGCUCCUCCUUCGACCACUGUCCGUCCACUGUCAUUACCGGCACCGUCUCCUGCGAAUUGUCAACGUCUUGCAGAUUAUGCUUCGUCGUUCAAUGUGGGAACGCCCAUCGUCACUGCUUCUACAGUUGUUUCUGCUUCGCCUGCCGCUAUGUUUACUCCAUCUCCUGCUCCUUGCGUUGUCCCCGCUCCUGUCUCACCAGCUGCACAACUGCAUGUCCGUAUAGGAGGUUUGCCAGAAGUCACUCCUUCUACUUUUGAUAUUGCCGUCUAUGAGUCUCUUGCAUCCGUUGGUCCCAAAAAAUUGCAUGCGCAUCUCUCCUAUCUUGAUAGCUCUCACAGGUUGCAAGAUAUCGCGCAAGCGGCUGACGAGUUGCAUACGGAUAUGAACACGUGGAGGUCUGUUGAUGCUGCCAUCCAUCUUGACUACCAUCGGCAGCGACAAAGUCGAUUUCAAACUUUUGAGGAUUAUCGCCGGAAAGUGUUGCAACAGAGUUCUGUUCGUGACAUGUUGCGAGAGUUUCGUUCCACUAAUGGGAGUUGAUUGCUCUUACAUAAGAUGGAGAGAGAGAGAGAGAGAGAGAGAGAGAGAGCAAAUAAAUAUUAUGUUGUUUU